CUCUUUGCUUUGUUGUAGCUCUUGGCAUUAGAGAGGCAGAUCUUUGACUUCCUUGGCUUCCAGUGGGCACCUAUUCUUGGAAAUUUUCUACAUAUAAUAGUUGUCAUAUUGGGUUUGUUUGGAACCAUUCAGUACAGACCUCGAUACAUCAUGGUGUAUACAGUAUGGACUGCCCUCUGGGUCACCUGGAAUGUGUUCAUUAUCUGCUUUUAUUUGGAAGUAGGUGGGCUUUCUAAGGACACAGAUCUAAUGACAUUCAACAUCUCUGUACAUCGGUCAUGGUGGAGGGAACAUGGGCCGGGGUGUGUCCGGAGAGUGCUGCCUCCGUCAGCCCACGGCAUGAUGAACGAUUACACUUAUGUCUCUGUCACAGGCUGCAUCGUGGACUUCCAGUACCUGGAGGUCAUCCACAGCGCCAUCCAAAUACUACUCUCCGUAAGUGUCACUUUUGUGUCAUUAUCUGAUCAGGACUCUUCUUUAUUGGCAUUUUAUAUUUCAACCUUCUCUCCAUGUCUACCUGGUAGAUAG